AUGGCACUUAAAGGAGUUAAAGUUAUUGAAAUGUUGGGAUUAGCCCCAGGACCAUUUUGUGGGUCCAUAUUAGCAGAUUUUGGAGCUGUUGUAACAGUAAUUCAAAAGGUUGAUGCUAUAUCUAAUGCAAUAGAUAUAAUGUCAAAUGGCAAAAGAGUAAUAAAUUUAAAUUUAAAGUCUGAGAAAGGCAUCGAGAUUAUUAAGAAGAUGUGCAAAUCAUCAGACAUUUUAUUAGACACCUUUAGACCGGGAGUUAUGGAAAGAAUGGGAUUAGGACCAGAAGUGUUAUUAAUGGACAACCCACAUCUUAUAUAUGCCAGGUUGUCUGGUUAUGGGCAGACUGGCUAUUUUAAAGAUAAAGCUGGUCAUGAUAUAAAUUAUGUUGCCAUGUCAGAGAUGACGAAAAUAUUG